AUGUCCGAUGGCUCAAACACGUCAUGUGUCGGGGCUGGUACCUUUGCCGAUAAUUCGGCCGGCAUUGAAGGUGGUGCAGUGCACGCGAGUGGGGGGUCGACGAUUUCGUGCGGCGCUUCAUGGCUAAACAACGUGGCUGGUGAUAUCGGAGGCGCCAUAAGGGUUCUUGGAGGGUCCACCUUUUCAUGGGACGAAGAGUCGUUCUUCGCCUACAAUACUGCCGGAAGAGCAGGAGGCGCGUUGAGUGUUAACGGGUCGAGCUUGUCGUGGAAUGCUGCAACGGGAUUCGAUUCCAACACCGCCGGGCUGGUGGGUGGCGCUCUCCACGUGGGUGGUGGCUCGAGCGUCUCCUGGAGCGAGGCCACGACGUUUGUUCGCAAUUUCGCUGAGGUAAACGGCGGUGCUCUAGCGAUGGGUAGCAGUUCGAAGACUUCCUGGAGCGGUGUCACCACGUACCUGGGGAAUGAAGCUGGGAAUGCUGGGGGCGCCAUUUAUGUCGAAGACCGCUCGAACGUUUCGUGGAGCGGGGAGACCGAGAGCGUGUUCGACGAGAACCUUGCAGGGGUUUUCGGGGGAGCGGCUUAUGUGACCACGAGCUCUGAACUUUCUUGUGGCGAGCAAACGUCUAGCAGCUUUUUCCGCAACUCGGCCACCAAAUACGGGGGGGCGCUUCAAGUGGAUCACGGCUCCAGCUUAGCACUUAGCGGGAACACUUCUUUCCACGGAAACAGCGCUCUUGGUUACCCCGUAAAUGAGGAUGGGACGGGUCAUGGUGGUGCCAUAGGCGCCACGUACUCUGCCACCGUCACGUGGAGUGAGACCACGUCUUUCACAAACAAUACGGCAGUUUUGGGGGCUGGCCUGUACGCGGGCAACUCUAGUGUACUUUUCCUGGGUCAUACUAUCGCGGCCCACAACACAGCAACCUUUGGAGGCGGUGCGUUCUUUUUCUCAAACAGCAGUGCUGUAUGGGACGGGCAAACGGAUAUGUACAACAACUCGGCCGAAAGUGCUGGCGGUGCUGUGACUAUCGCGUCCUCGGACCUGGUCAUUAACGGCCCAACAGCCCUGGCCAACAAUCGCGUCGGGGACAGCGAGAGCGGUUUCGGUGGUGCCAUGUAUAUGCUUAUGGGCUCGAGUCUAUUUGCGAGCGGUGCCACAACGUGGAUCAAUAAUUCAGCAGGGGGUCAAGGCGGAGCGAUCAUGAUGGAUGGCUCGACAGCGUGGUGGACCGGCCCAACACUUUUCAGCGGAAAUAGUGCACAUUCUGCCAGUUCCAACGGGGGCGCUGUACAUGUCGGCGGAUUGUCGAGCGUGUCCUGGAGUGGAGCGACGACCUUCACGGAUAACCGCUCCGGUCGCAACGGAGGUGCACUGUUUUUGCUUUACGGAGAAGCUUCGUGGACCGUUGUCACGAAGUUCGUUCGCAAUACCGCAGAUAGCCUAGGAGGUGCCUUGUACGUGAGUUUAUCCCGAAUGUCUUGGAGUGCGGCCACCGAGUUCGAUGGAAAUUCUGCUCUGUCCGGAGGCUCAAUUUUCAUGUGGAACUCCUCCCAUGUGGAGUGGACUGGGGACACCGAGUUCAUAUCGAACGAAGCAAGCCUCGACGGGGGGGUGAUUGGAUCCUUUUCAACGGACUCCGUCAGUAACCAGGGCUCAACCCUCGUGAUGAAUGGGACCACUGCCUUUGUCAACAACACGUGCGGAGCUAACGGGGGCGCCUUGGCUCUGCUUGGAGGAUUGGCUGUAAACAUCGGCACAGAAAACGUCAGCUUCAUUGGAAACGCUGCCGAGGUUGCGGGAGGGGCCGUAUUUGUGUCGGGCACAGGGUUCGGCCCGAUUUUCACUGGCGCUAGGUUCAUCUCCAACUCCGCUCAGGUCGGGGGUGCUGUCUCCACCGUAGGGUCUGGGAACUUGAAGGAAAAUGCAGACAUUUCACCCCCAAACCCGACAACAUUCGACCAUUGCCACUUCAUCGACAACCGAGCAACAGCAACGGGUGGAGCUAUUGACAGCGCGGCUGGACAAGACGCCUUCGUCAACAGCACGUUUCAGGGCAACCGCGCGGGGACGGGGGGGGGCUUGAGGCUGGCAGGCACGGCCUCUCUGGACACCUGCUCGUUUGUUGACAACAUUUCGGACGAUCAAGGGGGCGCGGCGGUGUCCAACAUCGGUUCUUUGUUGAGUGUGGAGAACAUCACUUUCAGCGGUAAUGUCUUCGACUGCGAUCCCGGCAUGUAUCUGGACUACAACGCGUCGGGUAACCCCUACGAGGCCGCUUGCGGUGGCUGCGAGACUGCGUGCGACGGAUGCUUCUUCGAACCGCCUGUGCCUCCGACAUGCACGGACGUAAUGGAGCAUAUCACAAGCGCUGGUGGCACCGUCACCCUUGAAGACCUUCCAGUCGAGCGUGGGUACUGGCGAGCCAGCCCGUCGAGCGAGGAAGUCUUUGCGUGCUACAAUUCCGACGCCUGUCUAGGCGGAGUAACGGGAAGAGCUGGCUAUUGCCUCAAGGGCUACGAGGGACCAUAUUGUGCUGUGUGCAGCGACGGCUACACGACAGAACUGGCCUUCGCCUGCACCAGGUGCUCCGGUGGCGCUGGCCGUAUCGCCCUGGCGGCCGUGCUCGCGGUGGUGGUCUUAUGCGUUGCCUUUGCCGUUGCUUCGUACGCGAUGUCGGGCAGGGUUGGCGACGUGAGAUCAGGGGUGGUUGCCCGCCUUGGGCAGUAUAUUCCGCUUCAAUCUGUGAAGAUUGUCAUCGUGGCGUGGCAGAUCUUGACUCAGUUCACGUCCGUGGCGAAUGUCACCUACCCGGACGUGUACAAGCGCUUCCUGGACGGCCUGGAUGUGUUCAACUUCGACCUGAGCUGGGUGCUAUCUGCCGGCUGCAUCUUCGACAUUGAUUUCCACGACCGGCUCCUGGCCUCGACCGUCAGCCCUGUCAUUGGUUUGCUGUUUCUGGCUGGCACAUACGCCGCUGCCGUGAGCAUGAACCGCGGGAAGGCCGAGAGUCUGCAGGUCAUAUGGAACAAGCACGUGUCGCUGGUGCUUCUGCUGACCUUCUUGAUAUACUCGAGCGUCAGCGCCACCCUUUUCAAGGCUUUCGUGUGCGAGGAACUCGAGGACGGCACGAACUACUUGAGGGCAGACUACACCAUCGACUGCGACUCCUCCAAGCACAAAGCCUUCCAGGUGUACGCGGGAUUCAUGGUUGUGGUAUACGUGGUGGGCAUCCCUGCGCUCUACGCGUUUCUGUUAUUCAGGGACCGUCACGUGUUGAAGGAUCACCAUGCCGAUCGAGAACAAACCGCUCGCACGACGUCCACCUCGGAUCUGUGGAAGCCGUACAAGCCGUCCGUGUUCUACUACGAGGUGAUCGAGUGCGGACGUCGGGUUCUGCUUGCCGGGGUGGUUGUGUUCAUCUUUCCCAACACAGCGGCCCAGAUCGCGAUAACGCUCAUGAUGGCCUUCGCGUUUGUGAUGGUGUCGGAAGGUUUAGCCCCUUUCGCGUCCAAGUGGGACGCAUGGCUUAAUCGAACCGGUCAUACAGUGGUGUUCGUGAGCAUGUACAUCGCUCUCCUGCUCAAGGUGGACGUGUCGGGGGAGCGGGCGGGCAGUCAGAGGGUGUAUGAGAUUGUCCUCGUCGCAGCGCACGCGUGCAUGAUCCUGGCGGUGAUGACCGAGACGUUCGUGUUGACGUGGUCGUUGAAGGUAGAGCAGCGGCAAGAACCGACGACCAGGUUCCGGCAUGGGAAGCUGUUUCGCUCGGGGAGAGGCUUGGAGUCCGCGCAGGACGACCCAUUUUCUGCCGAUUUGCGCCGGGUAGAAGUGUCGCCCGGUCGCUAG